CGGCGCGGCCCCGCCCCGGAUGUCGCGCGUCGCAGCCUGGACGACGGGGAUUGGCCAAAGCCGCGUGAGGGGCGGGGCGGAAGGUUCUGGAGGGGGCUGGCGGGCUCUGGAAGCUUCCGCCGGACGGGUAUAUAGAGUCCGGGACGGGGCGGUGGCGGAGCCGGGGGACGGCGACAGCUGGGUGGCGGGCCGCAGGCGGGGGCAAUGGGAAAGGACUAUUACCAGACGCUGGGCCUGGCCCGCGGUGCGUCGGACGAGGAGAUCAAGAGGGCCUACCGCCGUCAGGCGCUGCGUUACCACCCGGACAAGAACAAGGAGCCCGGCGCUGAGGAGAAGUUCAAGGAGAUCGCCGAGGCCUACGACGUGCUCAGCGACCCGCGCAAGCGCGAGAUCUUCGACCGCUACGGGGAGGAAGGCCUGAAGGGCAGUGGUCCCAGCGGCGGGAGCAGCGGUGGUACUAACGGUACCUCCUUCAGUUACACAUUCCAUGGAGACCCUCAUGCCAUGUUUGCUGAGUUCUUCGGUGGCCGAAAUCCCUUUGACAACUUUUUUGGGCAGCGCAACGGGGAGGAAGGCAUGGACAUCGAUGACCCGUUCUCUGGCUUCCCCAUGGGCAUGGGUGGCUUCACCAACAUGAACUUUGGCCGCUCCCGCCCUGCCCAAGAGCCCACCCGAAAGAAACAAGAUCCCCCCGUCACCCAUGACCUUAGGGUCUCACUUGAAGAGAUCUACAGCGGCUGUACCAAGAAAAUGAAAAUCUCUCAUAAGCGGCUGAACCCCGACGGAAAGAGCAUUCGCAAUGAAGACAAAAUCUUGACCAUCGAAGUGAAGCGGGGGUGGAAAGAAGGGACCAAAAUCACCUUCCCCAAGGAAGGAGACCAGACUUCAAACAACAUUCCAGCCGAUAUUGUCUUUGUUUUAAAGGACAAGCCACACAAUAUCUUUAAGAGAGAUGGCUCUGAUGUCAUUUAUCCAGCCAGGAUCAGCCUUCGGGAGGCUCUGUGUGGCUGUACAGUGAAUGUCCCCACUCUGGACGGCAGGACCAUACCCGUUGUGUUCAAAGAUGUCAUCAGGCCUGGCAUGCGGCGAAAAGUUCCUGGAGAAGGCCUCCCUCUCCCGAAAACGCCCGAGAAACGCGGGGACCUCAUUAUUGAGUUUGAAGUGAUCUUCCCUGAAAGGAUUCCCCAGACGUCAAGAACCGUUCUUGAGCAGGUUCUUCCGAUAUAGUCAAUCCGUGUUCCCCAAGGACUGACCAGGGACCUUUCCAGAGCUCAAGGAUUUCCUGACCGUUCCACCAGCUGUGGACCCGCGAGAGGGCGGGAGGGCCCAGGGAGGGCUUUCAUACUGCUGAAUGUUUUCCAGAGAAUAUAUUACAAUCUUUCAAAGUCGUGCACUAGACUAAAGUUGUUUUUCGAGCGGUAGGGCGGCAGGUGGCGGGGACAGCAGGCAAAGGCAGUGCAGUCUGCCCCACUGGGUCCUUGCAGCCCUCCUGGGUGGGCAGCACCCCCCUCCUCCCUCUCCAGGCCCUGCCCAGGGGGAGAGGCAGACCGCGGACCCACAGCUGGACUUGAUCCCCCUGUUGUAGUCCCUCCGCUUGCAGACAUCGUGGGGUGUGGACCUGCCUUCAUGGUUACCAGACCCUGUACACUCCUGAGUUUCUAUUGUGUGAUCAGUUCGUGUUUUAUUCUGUAUUUGUCUCCCCCAUCUUGCCCUUCCCCUAAGAAACCCCGUCUUCUCUUUUGCCAUCUCAAAUUGAGAAUCUCAACUCUGGUUGUUGAACUGCCUGGCCAGCUCCCACAAGCAAUACCUCCCUUGUUCCAGCAGGACCAAGGGAGCCGGCCUUCACUGAGUGAGUAACUUGUGCAGCUGCCUCUCCCUCAAGGGUGGGGGACCUUGGCUGGAGUCUUGACCCCAGGCUCCCAGACCCAGGUCUUCACCUUCCUUUGCUGUGAGGCAAUCUAUUGGCACACCUGGGAUUUCCCCGUGACCCAGGUCAUUUUUUUUGUUCAAUGGACUCUGGACUCUCUCAAAAGGAUCUGAUCCUUUUGAAUUUUGCACAGCCCUAGCUAUAAUCCCUUUUGAUAAAAGGGUCUUUGCUUCUGAUUACAGGAGCACUGUGGAACGCCUGUAAAUAUGUUUUUAUAAUUCUGUGUAAAGUUGGUGUGCAGUCAGACGAAACCGGUCCACAGCAGCUGCUGCUCUCUGUAAAGGGCCAUGAUGGAACUGAGAAAGAACCUGAUGGGAGGUGGGGGGCAGGGGGGUGUUGGAACAAGUGUUUGUUCCUUGCAGGUCAGUCUGGUGCUCAGACUUUUAGACUCAUUGUAAGUUGCCACUGCCAACACAAGACCAAAGCGUGUGACUUGUCAAUGUGCAGCGUGACAGCAUUAAAGACUGAUGCUAAACCUCA